UCCCGCGCGCGCGCGAUGCUCGCGUCGUCGCUCAGCGCGUCUCGCGCCGUCGCGCCGCGCGCCUCGCGCGCGUUCCGCGACGCCCGAUCGAGCGCGCGUCGCACCGCGCGACGCGCGCGCGCGCCCGCGCGCGUCGCCGCCAAGCUCGAGGACACGCCGAAAUUCGUCCGCGAUUCGCGCGACGACGCCAAGGCGGCGCAGCCGCCGGACGCGGGACGAACGGCGGCGGACGUCGAGGCGUUUAUCGCCGAUCUCUCGGGCGACGCGAGGGGGGACUCGCCGGUGACGCAGACGCUGAACAAGGAGUUUGGAUUGUCGGACGGCGCGACGCCGUUCGUGCGCGUGCGCGACGGACGAGGGUCGCUGACCAAGGUGACGCUGACGCACCCGAACGGAUCGUACGUGGACGUGUAUUUGAAGGGAGGAAACGUCGCGAGCUGGGUGCUGGCGUCGGGGGGGGAGGUGCUGUACGUGCCGGAUGAUGCGAGCUUUAAAAAGCACGCGCCGACGGACGGGGGAAACCCCGUGUGCUUUCCGCAAUUCGGCGCGGGAGGCGAACGACCGGGGUCCGUGGGAGCGGCGAAGAUGCCGGAGGACGGAUUCGCGAACCGAAUGGAAUGGCGAAUCGGCGAGACGGGGACGUACGCGUCGAGCGAUGGAACGUCGUGCCCGUUCGUGACGCUCGAGUUGACGGACGACGACUCGAGUCGCGCCGCGUUCAAUCACAACUUCAAGUUGACGCAAGAAAUUUCGCUCGAGCACAACGCGUUGAAGGUGAAGAUGACGUGCGCGAAUACCGGUUCGACGGCGUUUGAGUACGCGAUCGGACGCAAGGCACACAUUGCGGUGAGCGACGUGCGCGAGGGCGACGUGUAUUACGUCGGUUUCGAAGACUGCGUCGUCCUGGACAACUGUUUGCACCCGACCAAGCCGCGCGUUCGGUUCACCAAGGACCUAGACGCCAUGUCCGAACGUUGUUUCAAGCUCGACGGUCCGACGGAUAAGGUGUACUUGGCCACGGAAGAUCUCGCCACGGGUGUCGAAGUUGGCACCGGGUGCACCGUGUUCGCCCAAAACCUCUCGGGCGAGCGCGGAUGCGUGGACCGCGCGGUGUUCAACCCGUGGGAAGCGUCGCCGAAGACGUACCGCUGGUACGCUGGAUUAGGCAUAGGUAACUUUGGCAAGCUUCGCGUGGCGGAACCGGACACGAAGUCGUCCACGGAGAUUCAAUACAAAGUCGUGGACUCCACGCCGAGCAUCGGCAUUCGCGAAGAUUUCGAGUUGUUCGAAAAGGUGAACGCGCGCAACAUGUUCGCGCGGCCGAAGAUUGAUUUGAGCAACGCCGAGCUGCCGGAUGACAUGCAGUAA